UGGUCGUGGGAACCGGCCCCGACGGGGGAGCUGCUGCUGCUGGCAGCAUUCGCCCCAGCAGCAACAGCCAGCAAGCUUCUCCCUCUCCCGCGGGCGUCUCCUUGCUCCGGGCGUCCCGCCGCGAUGCCAGCCUCGCAGCCCAGCCAGCGGCUGCUGCCUGCCCUGGCUGGCUGCGGCGCGUGCCACUCAUCCCCUGGCAGCCGCUCUCCCUGCCAGCAGCAGCAGCAGCAGCAGCAGCCGGGGCUCCUCUCGGAGGAAGUGGGCAGUGCGUGACGCUUUCCUGCUCCAGCGGCUAAUGCGAUUUCCGUUCCCCACCAGCUCGGCGGCGGCGGCGGCGGCAGCAGCAGCCUGAGACCCAGCCGCUCCCCUCCCGCCUCCAAUGCCCCUGCGCCCCGCAGUUGCUCUGAGACUCUGGCGCUAGGAGGGUGGACAGAUGUUUGCCAUGUGCCAGCCAGAGGUGCCCCUCAACCCGCUGUUCCACGAGGCCCAGGGCAACACGCAACGGGACGUGGCCUCCCUCUCCGGGAGGGACUGCCGACCAGACAGGAACCUCAACUUUGUGGGAGAGGAGGCUUAUGACAGCAAUGAGAACUGGAGCCCAGUGGCUCUGGGGGAGCUGGAGCAGUUAGGGGACCACGCGCCAAUGGUCUCCGAUAACCAAAUAUUGCUUAUGCACAGGCAGAAAGCACAAAGCCGGCCCAGGAAGGUCCCCCAGGGCCAGAAGUCGGAUAGCGUGUCGUUUGGCUCUGACAAGGAGGAAGACAUCCGCAGACCCCCGGAGGGCGCAGAAGUCAGUGGCCUAGAGCCGGAGAAAAGCGCCCCAGAGGAGAGGAUGACAGAGAGCGGAAAGCUAGCCAGCUCCCCUUUAGAAGACAACGGUUAUGCCAGCAGUUCCCUCAGCAUUGAUAGCCCCGAUAGUGGCGGCGCCAGUGCUUGGGAGGUGCCCGCUGUUGCCAGUGAAGACUGGAGGGGUCACGGUGGACCGCAGUCCCCCGCUGCUGAGGCGGAACGCUCUUCUCCGAGUUCGGAGACCCUCUUCCCAGCCCUGGCUGAGGCCUUCCGGAACCUUCAGGACAGGAAGAAGUUCAAAGAGCAGGAGAAAGAGAAGCACCACGUCCACUUGGUGAUGUACCGACGCCUGGCCUUGCUCCGGUGGAUCCACAGCCUGCAGCAGAAGGUGGUUGACCAGCAGAACCGGCUGCAGGAGAGCUUCGACACCAUCUUGGACAACCGCAAAGAGCUCAUUCGGUGUGUCCAGCAAGGCAUGUCCUGCACCAAGCACCCAGCUCAGGCAGAGUUGUGAGGGGGACUCCCCAUCUCUCUCUCUCUGAGUCCUUAGCUUGGUCACCCGGUGGAGGGGGCCUGCAGAUUCCCGGAUUUGCCUGCAUCCUGCAUGGGAGGCUUGUUGUCAUGUUUGAGGUCCCUCCCUGCGGCCCACGUGAGCAUCACCAGACCAUUAUGCAUGAGGACCCCAGGCCUAGCAAAAGGCCCCUAUUAUUUAUGAGUAGCUGCCAUUAACUUCCUUCACGCUUCAUUGUGGUGCAUGGCUUCUCCUGGUGAAUGCAAACUGAACGCGUGCUGACAUGAAGGAGGAGAAUGCAGUUCUGUGAGGAGACCUCUAGUUUGCGGAGAAGAGUCUGAAAAGACGCUGGCGAGUUCUGGAGAAUUUCUGGCCCCGUGGGGCUUGAGUCAGUUGCCACUUCCGAUGUCACCAGAGCGCCUGGUUGGAGGAGGAAACUGCGGGUGGCUAUAACCCGGAGACCAAAAGCAACUUCCUGAUCCUGGGUGUCAGGUGAUCCCAGAGAGCCAAUCCUGUACCAUUGCUUGCUAUAUAUAGCUUCCUGGCGUGCUGCACUCCCUCAGUCAGGACAACCUCUUGCUUAGGGCAGCCCCCGGGCCAUGCUGGCUGUGCUUCUGGAUGAUUUCCCUGCUACCUGCUUCUCUGUGGCCUCUCCCACACCAGCCCACAAGUUAGCUUCCUUUCCUGUCCUUUCUCUUCGACAGGUAUUGGCUUGGUUCUGCGUUUGGUCUCCAAACUCGCUAUGCCGUCCCAUCUCCUCUGCUACCAGCUGCCUGCAAACUCUUCAGCCAUUAAUCCUGACCCUUCCAGCACUCAGAACCAGACUCAGGCACUAAAAAAAGAUAUAUUCUGGUGGGGCUUAUAGAAUGGUCAGUGAGCGGCCAGUUCUCGUUCUUUUUAAACUAUUGUUUGAUCUUUCCCCCUUUGUCAGCCUGGGUUGAUGGCAGUGGUUCUGUGAAUGGAUCAACAUGUGUCUAGAACAGGGGGUCCCAGCAGGGGGUAUUAGUACCCUUUGAGGUGCUUGAAUGGCUCUCAGGGGGUCCUUAGAGCCCUCCUGCCUCCCCACACUGCCGCCACACAAUUUGUUCCUCAUCUGAGGAUUGCUACUUGAAGCUGUCGCUUCCUCAGUGAUGUGUCCACUGCAGAAGGGAAGGGAGGAGGGUGAAGACCCUCCUCCUCUGCUCCUGAUUGGCUGGCUGUUUGCUGAAGCUCAGCAUACCCCUCCCCGCUCAGUCUGACUGACAGGCUUCAGAAAAUUAGCACGGAGUGCUCCUGUUGACAUUAAUAGGGCAGAGAAACUUGUCCCGUUAAUUUCAGUGGGAAUACUUAUGGAUCACUUAGUUUGAAUGUAAGCCAGUCACUGGAGCAGCCUGGCUCAUAACUAUCAGAUUCGUGUGUGUGUGUGUUCACACACAUACACACUCUCUUUCUCUCUCUCACACACACACACAAUCUCUGUGGAGUACGUGAGUGAAGAUUUGCAGCAGAAAACCUCUGCCACUCACCUGGCCACUGGUGAAGCCAGGUGAGAGGUGGAGCCGACCUGCCGCCGCAAGGAAUGCUGGGAAGUGCGCUGCUGCUCGGAGUCAUUUGCAGCUGCAGCUGGAGUGGAGGUAAAGGUAAAGUGUGCCGUUGAGUCGGUGUCGACUCCUGGCAACCACAGAGCCCUGUGGUUUUCUUUGGUAGAAUACAGGAGGGGUUUUCCAUUGCCUCCUCCUGCGCAGUAUGAGAUGAUGCCUUUCCGCAUCUUCCUGUAUUGCUGCUGCCCGAUAUAGACCCAGCAGGGAUUCGAACCGGCAACCUUCUGCUUGUUAGUCAAGCAUUUCCCCACUGCGCCACUUAAGGUGACGGAGUGGAGGUAAGCACCUAACCCUAACCUGACACCGGCCACUCCUGUGCUCAGCAGAAGGCAGUUUCGUAUGGGCACUUUCCAGAUUACACCCUACAACAGUGUCACUACAGAUCUGCUAAGUGUGCUUCCGCACUUCCUGUGUUGUGACACUGCAGUCCCUGCUCUGACAGCAAAGUGCCGUUCGCAUUUCUAAUGCCUUCUUUUGGAUUUUAUCUUUACGAUAUAGUGCUGCAACGUUGCAAGUCCAUUUCAGAAAAAUAGCUGUAUUUCCCUGUUGUAGGAGUUUGAGAUUCUGGGGAUCGUUUUUAAUAUGAUCCUGCCAAGCCGAAGCAUUUUACCCCGUUGUACCGUGUAAUCUGGAAAGUGCCAUGAUCAACCAGCCCAAAGUUGUGGGUUUGUUCUGAUUCUGAGUGGAUUCCCAAUACAAAACCAGGUCUGCAGGUACUAAUGCGAACCUGUAUGAACUGAGCAAACAGGUAAAUCUGUGUUCCUCAAACGGAUAGCUGAUGAAGCUUUCUCCCCCCGCCCCUUGAAUUUAGUUUGAGAUGCACUUUACUGAGAUAUUCAGAAAAGUUUACUUAGAAUGUUUGACAGUAAGAAUUAACCACUUACGGGGCCAAACUCUCUCAGUUGCAUGUAGCUUUCUGCUGACUUUUUUUUUAAACCAAAAGUAGCCACAGACGGUUGUGUGUUUAUGCAGAGAAAUUGUGGGAGGGUUAGGAGCCACUUAGUCCAUUCCUCUCCAGCUGUUUUUCUGCUUGAAGUCAUCCCUCCCCCAGCUGAUUUUCUACCAGUGGGAGAAAAGAUACUGAUACCUCAUUGUGACCCUCAAUUCCACUGUCUUAAUGUCCUGUUGUCCUAUUUUAAUGAUCCUAACCUUGUUUCCCCUUUUGCAAUCCCUUACAAGAAAGAACAUCAAAUUCUGCAAAAGACCCCCUGCAAAGGCGACGAUUGCUUCAUCCCCCCCCCCCCAGUUAAGAAGUAUUGGAAUUAUGCAAAAACCUUCUAGGCACACAGUGUUGGUAUUCUGCUUGCAAGAAGAUGUGGGAUUCUUGCAAGCACUUGCGACAGUAAUGGGAUUGUUAUUUUGUUUUGCUUUGCAUUGCUUUGUUUUUAAGUGUUUAUCUUUUGCACUUCCUUCACUGGAAACCAGGCUAAGACAAACCUAGGGGAUUCUAGGGUCUUAGAGCUGCUGAGAAUGUUUGUCCAACAGAAAGUCUACCAAAUCACGUUGGGUUUGCAUCCUAAGGAAAUUAGGAUUCCUAAGUCCCCUUGAAAUGAAUGGGACUUUAGUCACAAUUAACCUGUCUCAUUUAUUUCAAUAGUGCUUCAUCCCAUUGUCCCAUAACUUGUCCUAUUCAUUUCAAUGAGGCCUAGGUGUCCUACGUUAGGAUACAAUCUGGUAGGACUGUCCGCAUGAUCAGCAUUAAGGGAGGAGACGCCUCCAACCCUAAUUCGGGACGCAUGCGCACUACUGAUUGGCGACCCUGAGAAUUCCACAAGCAAGGUAGAAGGAGGGAGAGAGGGCCAUCUGUGAGCUGGGUAUGGAGGUGGGUGGCAGUGGUGAGCCCAGAAAUUAUACCCAGCUCCCAAGUGAUGGUGGAGGGAAAGCACUCCACACACCUCCCGCCUCCAUACCCAGCUUGCAGGCCAUUGUUUUUUCCUCCUCCUCCCUUGCUUGUAGAACUCUCAUGAUAGUCCAUUGGGAGUGUGCAGGAACUGGAUGAGGCUGGGAGGUUUCUCCUGCCCUUUUGCCAAUUGUGAUGCGGACAACCCUAUUUUUUCUCUCUUUUGCUUUGCACCCAAGAGAAAGCGUGCGAGUGUUUGUUUUCAAUAACUGUUCUGGACUGAUGAGUUUUAUUAAUCAUUAUCCACCCCAUUGCAACAUUUUCUGUUGUGAACCUGCUGAUUGGCUGCCCCAUGCAUUGAGCAACGGCCAUGGUCACAUGUCUCACUGCCUCCUAAAACCAUGGACUGGAGUUAGAGCUGUUCAUUAUUGCCAGAACAGCAGGUACUGCAUUGGAGCCUGUCUGAUACCAGAUGGAUUGUCGGAGAACAGAUUGGAUGUGUCUGUCCUGCUCAGGAAGAGUCGACAAGAUGCCUCGUCUCUCCGACUGAACUCUCCUGCAAUGUGUGAAGCUCUUGGAUGGUGCAACUCCCAUCUGGUAGAAAAGGCUCCAGCGCAGCAAAGUAGCAAGCAGGGGAGUGAGUGUGUCCAAUUACGAUCAGUUUUUUGCCUUGGGACAUUUUCAGAUGUUGUAUCUGCUUUUGAUAGAGAUGGGUGCUCAUGAAGGAAUGCUGGGAUAAUAGAUGGGAAGCCAAGUAUUGUUGAUGAACCAGUGACCCAGGCCCACAAAUGUUGGUCAUCAGUACCAUUUCAGGGGACAAAUGCUCAUAGUGAUUUUUGGCAAUGACUACCCCUAUAGAAAUGGAAAUUAGGCGAUAGCAUUGUUGCGGUUACAGCUUUCUUUGUGUUAUCAGCCUUCUUUAUCCCUACUCCCAUGCAGGCUAAAAUUGCAGUCAUUUUCACACACAGGAAAGGGUCAGGGUAACAGUGACCAAAUUGUGCUCUCCGUAGAAUAAUCUUUGGAGGACAUUUCUGCCAGUUUUCAUUUCCAUUCCUCUGACAACAUCAAUAAAAUUUCAUAGUAGUUCUUGUGUUUUUAAAACUUUUAAAAGCUUUUAAAAUGCCAUUGCAGAUUAGGCUGCUACAGGCCAGUGUUCAUGACAAUAAAAGCAUGAUAACACACUGAAUGCUGAAAGAGGAGGAGAGUUGGUCUUGUGGUAGCAAGCAUGACUUGUCCGCUUAGCUAAGCAGGGUCCGUCCUGGUUGCAAAUGGAAGGGAGACUUGAUGUUUGAGCAGAUAUUCCCCUCGGGAUGGAGCCGCUCUGGGAAGAGCAGAAAGUUCCAAGUUUCCUCCCUGGCAACAUCUCCAAGAUAGGGCUGAGAGAGAUUCCCGCCUGCAAUCUUGGAGAAGCUGCUGCCAGUCUGAAGACAAUACUGAGCUAGAUAGACCAAUGGUCUGACUGAGUAUAUGGCAGCUUCCUAUGUUAAAGUAUUGCAUUGCAAUACUUUCCUUCUUUAGGGGAGGGAAUACUUUGUCCAUCUCUAGGGUUGUAGACCUUGUGAAAAAUCACAAUGAGCAUUCAUUCCCCAUUAUGGUAGUGGCCACUCCAUCUGGCUCAUGUUCUACAUGGCCACAUAUUGGCAAAUAUUCCAUUCUUAUGAAAAUGGCAAUCUCCCUUUUGGUGUCAGCAGUGAUGGGAGUUUCUAUGCAAAUUUCCUCUACGGACCUGCAGAAAUUAGGGUCUUGCACUUUUGUGCUCCUGCUUCAUUUUGAAGUAGGCACCAGUGUUCCCUCUAAGGUGUAUGUCUCUGUGUGUGUGUGUGCGUGCGCUCACAUGUUUUUUGAUGUCCACUCAGUCAAUUUUAGAUCUUGCUCAGGUUGAAUCAGGAAGGUCCCAUUCUGAAUGCACGUGUGGGCACACACUGCCUUGAUACUGCCACCCGGAACAAAACUCAUUCUGCACAUAGAAGAGAAAAAUGAGAGAGAACAUUGGUAGGCACUCUGCCCACCUCCAGCUGACAACUCUCACUUGAGUGUGUCUACUCUCCCUUCUCCCAAUGGUCUAGCCAGGUGGUGUAAUUGCAGGCAUAUUUCACAGGGACGCGGGAGGAAACAGGAAGCCAACCUGCAUAAGGGAAGGUCCAGACUACAUUUUGUUUCCUAUGGGAAGGAAGGGCUUUCUUAGAGUCUUCUGGGAAGAACUGAACUCUAGAAAGAUCUAGAAUGCAGCAAUCUUUUUACGAUUGGCAGAAUAUCCCUCUGAGCUUCGUUACGGUUCGAAUAAGCUAGUGCUUCAAAUAUUUGGCCAUUCUUUGGCAACAUUUGACUUGCCGAUUGACCAAGACGUUUUUUUCUUUUUCUUUUCUGGAACUGGCCAGAUGCCAACCGCAGAAUGAAAAUAUCCCCUGACGGAAGCUAAUGAGGAUCCCCUCCUUGUGUGAAGCUCCAUGCAUAUGCGGAGCUCUGCAAAGAGCUGGAUCAUGUCCGUAAUCUUCAACUUUUAUCCCUGCCGAAGUGUUUAAUGCUGCUAUCCCUGAGCUUGGUUUAAAUUAUAUUCAAAUUUUAUUUGUUACAAAGUAGUUGUUGUUUUUUAAGAUUCACUAUUUAAAAGGUUUACUUGAAUUAUUUUUAAAAAACGUAGAUGGCUCUAUAGCAGUGCCGUUUCUAGGGGACAACAAAUUGAGGCAAGCACCUGAGUGCGGGCCCUGUGCGAAUGGCGUGGAGAUUCAUGCUUGGAAUCUCACAGCUCCUGCUCGCCACAGCUGGGAUCCUGUGGCACAUUCUGCUUACCUGCAUGCGGUGGCAGUUCUGGUUGGGCUGCACUCCUCUCUGGGCCAACCAGAGAGCCCUGACUGGGGCCAGAGGGCAGCUUCUGGCCUGCUGCGGCAAGUGGGAGCCAUCCUCCGGGACCGGCAGUGGUGGGAAAAACAAGGUUCCAGGCAGGAACCUCUGUGCCAAUGGGGCCCCACAUCUCCAUGCCUCUGCUUCUCUCUGGGGCCACAAACCCCUCCACAUUGUCCUGAUCUUCAUACCCCUCCCCCUCAGCUCUGCUCUAUAGUAUUUAUAGUAUAUAAAUAUAUAGUGUCUAUAUCUCUAUAUCUAACAAUUGGUGCCAUUUCUGGAACCACCAAUCCUCCUCAAACUGAAACCCCGCCAGACCUAAUCAGAUUGAAGGGGAUGGAUAUUAUAUCACCAACAUCAGGGCAGAGAGGGAUUUUGAUAUGAAUGUUUUGUUGCCUUUGUGUAUUAUUAUUAUUUUUUUAAGAAUGAAUUUAUUAUAUAGUAUAGCACAGGGGUUCCCAGCCUGUGGUCCUCCUGAUGUUGAUGAACUACAACUCCCAUCAAUAAAUUGUGACUGGGGGUUAUGGAAGUUGUAGUCCAGUGACAUCUGGUGUUCCCACAUGUUGGGAACUGCUGGUACAGCAUAUUUAUAUAUUGGGAGUUGGUCGAGUAGUAGGGCUGUGCUUUAAUGUGCUGUGGAUGCCUUAAGGCACCUUUAAAAAGUAGCCUUUAUUGGUGAAGUCUGAGAUCUCAGAGAUCGGUGAUAAUGCAGGCAGGAAUGAUGGCAUAUCUACAUGAGAAGUUAAACUGAUUUUACAGUCUGGGAACUAUUCUCUGUAAGGUGUUCUGUAGUUCUGAUUCUGUGCAACAAAUGUACCUGCAUUUCUUGUUUGUUGUAUACACAAGCCGUAUUCAGACAUUAUGUUGUACACAUGUGCAUGAUCGUGUGUGAACGACUUUACAUGCAUUCAUUUAAAAAGAGAAGCUGAGUCUGGGCUCCUUCAAAUGUGAGGAGCAGAAAGGAGGGCUGUUCACACGAUCAUAGACUGGGUAGGACAAGCAUCCUACUGAGUUUCGGAGUUUGGUGCACUCUCAAUUUUUGAUUGUGUGCACAAGAAAAACAAGGAAGGAGGCGGACAACUUAAUGGUCUGCUAAGCCCCAACUGGGCUUUUCCUUCCAACCAUGUUCAGAAGCUGGGGAUGGAAUCUGGGUAGGUUGUGCUCUUCCAAUCUAGCAGAUGAUCAAGCUCCCCGGCACCUACCUUUCCAUGAACAGCUCCCCAUCCACGGUAGGACAAGUGUACAAGUUUUCAAUUGUGUGAGUAAUCCACACAAUUGAAUAAUCCACACAAUGCAGAUUGUACACAUCUUGAACAUAAUGUAUGAAUAGGGCUGUAGUCUGGGCUUGUGGUAGCAAGCAUGAAUUGUCCCCUUUGCUAAACAGGGCCUGCCCUGCUUUGCAUUUGAAUGGGAGACUGUAUGUAAGCAUUGUAAGUUAUUCCCUUUGAUGGGGCCGCUCUUGGAAGAGCACCAGCAGGCUUGCAUGCAGGAGGUUCCAAGUUACCUCCCUGGCAUCCCCAUCCCUGAGAGAGACUCCUGCCUGUGACCUUGGAUAAUCUGCUGCCAGUCUAUGUAGAAAAUACUGAGCUAGAUGGACUGAUGGUCUGACUCAGUAUAAGGCAGCUUCCAAUGUUGCUAAAUCUGCCCUUAAGGUUGCACUUUGAGUGUGGGAGUUUUUAAGUAUUCCAAAUGCUCAGACUGGAAAAUGUGAUACUUUUGAUCAAAGAGAUCAUAUUUUGCUGUUAUGAUUGCAGUGUGGAUUGUGGCACUUAUUGGAUGUCCCCUAGUGAAAAGUGACACAUCCUCCAAUUUGUCGAUUCCCUUAUUUUAUGUUAUUUUAUUUUGCAAAUUCUAUUUUUUUAGCUUAACUUUUAGUAGCAGUCUUUAUGGGGUCAGUUACUUUGUGUGAAAGUACCGGAGACUUCUGGUAACAGUUUAUAAUGAAAUUAACAUAAACGGCAAGCUCCCCCCCCCCAUUCCCCCAAAAUUCCUCCUUGCUAGCCAGCUACAAAGCACCUAGAUUUCUUUCUCCUGUGCUGGCUGCAUUCCAGAUGCCAAACUGCUUUUCUCCAGCCUCCAUCCAAGCAGGUGGUGGUGUUCCUCUUCAGAAGUGACCAGCCAUUAGUGCUCAUUUAAGCAAGCAUCAUCACUUAUCAGCUUACAGAAAAGUUCAUCUCCUCCAUUGGUGGCUUUAACGUUAUGUUUUAAUUAAUGGUGAUGUGCAGCAAGUUUUUCUUACCUUCCCAUCAGCACUCUGCCUCCUACUCUACUCUGCUUCCACCUUUUAAUUCAUUCAACACUUAUUUCCCCAAUAAUUUGACUUGUGCACCCCUCCCUGUGCCAGAAUAUACAUCCAGGGCUUUUUUAAAAAGGUGUGCAUGCAGAGUAGCAUAUGCACCUAAAUGAGAGUCUGUGUGGUUUAAUAGAUAUAGUGUUGAGUGUGGAGCUCACCAUGGGUCACUCACUCACUCUCUUUCAGCAUAACCUACCUCACAGGGUUGUUGUGGGUAUAAAAUUGGGGAGGCGACACUAGUCCCAGAGAUACACUUAGCUUGCCCUUCCUCUUUGUUGGAGGAAGGGCAGGGUAAGAAUCUCGUAAAUAAAUGUGGGAUAGCGUGCUAUUGUUAAUGAGUGGGUUUUGGCAGAAAUGUUGCCCAAAGAAUCCAUUUCAGCUGGGACGUGCUUUGUCUGAUGGGAGUCUUUUGCAAAAGGUUAGGAAUGAAUUGGGCAGAAGGCUUGUCUUCAGUUGCAGAUUACAGGCUGGUUCACAUGAUCGGAAAUAGGGUAGGACAAGUGUCCUACCUGAGUUCAGGAGCUGGGUGUGCUCCUGCUUUGUGAUUGCUGGGUCGUUUGCUCUGGGUAGGAGGGCUGAGUGGACAAAGCCCUCCUUCCCAGUGUGUGUCUCAGACACGGUCACUUCCUCUCCUACCUUGAUUUUUGCUCCCAGAUUAUCACAAAACAGGAGCCUGCACAGCUCUCAAACUUAGGUAGGAUGCUUGUGCUACCCUAUUAAUGAUCGUGAGAACAGCCCUUCUAUGCUUUGCAUGAUCCCAGCUUCAAUCACUAGUGUCUCCAAGAAAGGCUAGGAAAGAUCUUGAAGAACCAUCACUGGUCCCAGUAGACAUAACCACACUUGAUGGACCAAUGGUCUAGCCCACUGGAGACACUCAGUUGCUGUUGGACUACAAGGCCCAUGAUCCCCAAUCAGAAGUUUUUGUGACUGGGGAGGAUGGGAGUUGUAGGCCAACCGCAGUUGGAGAGUCUCCGGUUGACCACCCCUGUGUUACACCAAGGCAGCUUCCCAUGUUCCUGUGUAGCGAGCACAACAUGCAACAUUUCAGCUUUUGAAAUCUGACCACAUUUCAAAAUGUACACGGAAUCUUCUUUUAUCUGUGGUUUGGAAGCACCAAUGUGGAGCUACAACCUUGAUCCUAGGGAUGGCUGAAUGCAUAGGUUUUAAAAAGCCAGUGUUUAUAACUGCCUCAUGGAAAGAUCUGCGAAGGGCAGGCUGUAACUGGGACACUUUUAAAUUGCAGAAAGUGGGCUGCAGGUGGACAGAAAACCACCAGGUCACAAUAUUAAUGAGAACAAUUUUGAUAUCCUGAAAUGUGCCAAUGUACUAAAUGUUGUAGGAGCAACUGCCUGUCAUUGCUACCAUUCACCCACAAUAGAUGAUAAACAGCAUUCAAUCUGUGUAUGAAUAAAGGUUCAAGAAAACA